GGCAAAGGGUUAAGUUUAAGAACAGGAGGGUGUGUGUGCCUUCACCUAGUUUGGAUCUCAAGGGAGGGUUCUGGCGUUCUCAUUCCAGCAUCGUUCUCAAGGACUGCAAACCAAAGAGGCACAUGCCAUGUAAGGAAGGACCAAUUUCAAGACCAGUUGAAUUUUCAGAGGCUGACUACCCACGAAUCGAAUACCAAAGGAAGCAACAACAAUUUUGGGACUCUGUACGACUUUCUCUCUUCACACUGGCAAUUGUAGCAAUCAUAGGAAUCACAAUUGGCAUUGUCACUCAUUUCGUUGUUGAAGAUGAUAAGUCAUUCUAUUACCUCGCCUCUUUUCAAGUCUCAAACAUCAAAUACAGAGAAAAUUAUGGAAUUAGAUCAUCAAGAGAGUUUAUAGAAAGAAGUCAUCAGAUUGAGAGAAUGAUGUCUAGGAUAUUUCGACGUUCUUCUGGGAUGGGUCGAUUUAUCAAGUCCCAUGUUAUCAAGAUAAGUCCAGAUGAAAAAGGCGUGAACAUUCUUGUGGUGCUCAUGUUUCGAUACCCGUCUACUGACAGUGUUGAGCGAAUCAAGAAAAAAAUUGAAAGGGCUUUCUAUCAAAGUCUGAAGAUCAAACAGUUGCCUCUGACUAUAAGCAAACCAUCAUUUAGCCUCACACCCAUCGACAGCAAAAAGAUGAGAAACCUUCUGAAUAGUCGGUGUGGAAUAAGAAUGUCAUCUUCAAAUAUGCCAUUACCAGCAUCCUCUACUACUGAACGAAUUGUCCAAGGAAGAGAAACAGCUAUGGAAGGAGAGUGGCCAUGGCAGGCUAGCCUACAGCUCAUAGGUGCUGGCCAUCAGUGUGGAGCUACGCUUAUCAGCAAUACGUGGCUGCUCACAGCAGCUCACUGCUUCUGGAAAAACAGAGACCCAAGCAAAUGGAUUGCUACGUUUGGUACAACUAUAACCCCACCUGCGGUGAAACGAAAUGUUGGGAGGAUUAUCAUCCAUGAAGAUUAUCACAGAGAAGGCAAUGAAAAUGACAUUGCACUAGCCCAGCUCACUACACGAGUAGAGUUUUCAAAUGUGGUUCAGAGAGUUUGCCUCCCAGAGUCAUCUAUGAAACUGCCACCGAAAACAAGUGUUUUUGUCACAGGGUUUGGGUCUAUUGUAGAUGAUGGGCCUACACAAAAUAAACUCCGGCAAGCCAGGGUGGAAACCAUAAGCACUGAUGUAUGUAACAGGAAGGAAGUGUACGAUGGCCUCAUAACUCCAGGGAUGCUGUGUGCUGGAUUCAUGGAAGGGAAAAUAGAUGCAUGUAAGGGUGAUUCUGGUGGACCUCUGGUUUAUGACAAUCGGGACAUCUGGUACAUUGUGGGUAUAGUAAGUUGGGGACAGUCAUGUGCUCUUCCAAACAAGCCUGGAGUCUACACAAGAGUGACUAAGUAUCGAGACUGGAUAACCUCCAAGACUGGCCUCUAAAGUGGACUGUUGGAAGUUACAGCCACAGCCCAUGGAGCAGGAUGCCUGCAGAUGAUACACCAUUACUUAGAGUCACCGGGGGUCGAAUGAGUGCUUCUGCCAGGUGUCAAGGAACUCCUAAGACCCAGACCAACUUGAUAUUGUGAGGUGGCUUUUGUGUACAUAAACUCUCUACCAAGAAGUAAGAAAACAUGCCAAAUGACAGGGAGCAUCGACGCCUCACUCACAAGGGUGACUCCUUAAUGU